AUGUAUAUUUCCCAUCUUGUAGAGACAUCGCGGGAGAAGCGACGUCAGUUCAUCUUGGACUAUCUCGCCAAGUUUGGUUUGGUCACAUCGGUGACUGAACUGCGUCAUCUGAUCUGGAAUCAUGAGGAGUCACUGGGUCUCAAAAUGAAAAUGGAUCGCAAAUCUUUAGGGCGCAUUUUAGAUGAUUUACUUCGGGCGAAAGAAAUCAUCAUUCACACCGUGUCGUCGAUUCAAGGCGACAUGCGUUUCAUUUGUUCUCCUACCAUUCCCAAAGACCACCCGUCAGUGCUCGCUGCCGUUCACUCGUUGGAUUUAGCAGUUCUGAAGAAGCGAACCAAAUUGGAACAGCUCAUGGAUCCAAGCGAUGAGCAAGUAUCUGUUGCGAACGAGAUACAUCCACUUUCUGAUGAGUCAAUGAAAAUGGCACCGUUGCAGCUACCGCAUUUUCCCAAAGGACGUCGACGAUGUAUGCUGCAUGAAUUUUUGUACUAUGUCACCUAUCUGGUUCCUCAUGACACUAAACCAGUCGCACCGGCGACCGACGAACUUCCCGCGGCUUACGGUGCUGAUGAUUCCUGGGCACGAUUUGUGGGUCCCGUCCCUCCUCCAUUAGGUCUACCUUCUGGCUGGUUUGCCAUGAAUGAAGUGGUGUGCGCCAUGCCUUUUGGCCUUUACUUGCAAAUACUGAGUCCACCCAAACUGCCACGCAUUCUGUUCCGUUGGCUUGGUAUGAACAAUCAUUUGGUUGACCUAAAGCCGGACGAAUUGGCUCGAUUGGAUGAGGAUCUUCGAAAAAGUGGUCAUCCGGACUUGCCGUUAACCACCUUAUUACGGAUUCCUAUGAGUCGCCUUCAGGCCCCAGGAGGCGGGUCGGGUCGUCUCUAUUCGUGGUUGACGUCACAAUCCAAACUGAAUUCAAUGCGACGCGCGAUUGAGGAAUUGACAUUACAUAACUUAGUUGCUGUGCUUGAACGUAAAACACCAGAGGGACGCAUUGUGCCCACCGGCUUUGUUAAACGCUAUGCAUCUCUCCUGGACACUCGGUAUGCCUCUCCAGGGCGAUAUUUAUUGACCGAAAUGAAGGACUGCUAUAUACUUCACUUUCAUUUUGAAAAUCCAAGCGAUGUAUCAGCUUAUUGGGAGACUUGCGAAGUGAUUUGUCGUUAUACUCCUCUCGGCGUUCGCAUGCUCAACGAUCCAUUAGAUAUAAACAAGCUUCCUUACGGAAGCAUUCAGUCCUAUCGCACCCCGGAGGAAGUUGUAGACGAUGGCUCCCUGCCAAAGUUGCCUUGGCAAGAAGAUAUAUCUGAUUGUCGGUCGACUACCCUUGACGGGCUGAUUGUGGCUCCAUGUGGCGCUGCUGGUCUUCAUCCUAUGGAUUUCUUUCAUCGUCAUCAGAAUUGGAAUGUGUCUCGGCGUGCUUACACGGGUCCGUACAAACGUCGAAGACCAGCUUCUUCUUCUUCGUCCUCUUCAACCGGUAGUGAAUCUGAAUCGAUCGCAGAAUCCGAAGACAAGACGUCUAAUCGGGACAUGAUUCUCAGAACAAAGCGCAUAACACACACAUUCUGGCCGGGGCCGGAUCUGCUUUUUGAAUAACAUAUUCUGCGUCAUUGUAUCUACAAUACAAUUGCUUGGUGGUGUAGACCGCCCGCACAUGUGGAUCCCGGCGGUUCAAACCCGGCUAAUCGCCCUUCCAUAAUCUCUUGUUCUUCCCUUCGGCAGUCACCUGAGAAGGCUCCUCUGGCGUGCAGUCGUCGGGUAAAGUUCAUCCUUUUCCACAAUAGUACCGAAACUAUGGCAGCCAACAUCCUCCUGACGCGUGUAUCCAGUCGACCAGACUUUCAAAAGUAUAAUCGUGGAAGGGCAAAGUGGCAGGAACUAUACAAGUCCUCUCCAAGCGAAGGUCAGCGGAUAUUUCGGGAGGUCGUUGAACGCAUAAUCACCGAAUUCGCUCCGCGCCUUAAUCGACUAAAGAAACGCAAACGGCUGCAGAUGGAAUCAGGAGAAACGGCAGUACCAGUGGCGAAACAAAAAAGCAAAAAACCUCAACUCAAUGGUGCAACAGAAACACUUUCCCAAUUGACCCAUCAACCUGCGUCAAAAACGACUGCAAUUCUUGUGACCGGAAAACGGGAAACAAUCGAGUCGAUAUAUGAUCUGGUCAGCAUCAGUGGAACAAAAACUGUUCAAGGUUUGGAGGAUAUGGGAACCAGUCGUGCGUCAGUGGCCGUCUUUACACUUUAUAACUACAUUUUGUCGUCCUAUCGCUUCCCGAUAGAGAUAUCAAAACCGUUCGACUUUGACCUGUUUGCUCGAGUCACUCGUCAGUAUCCCCGAUUGCAACUGAGCGAUACGAUCUCGUUACUUCUGCUCAGCCGAAUUGUCACACAGAUGAAGUUUCAGGCG